UGUGCUGCAAGGGGUCUAUAGAACGCUUCACCGCGGCUUAUUUGUUUAUUAGAAUGUGAUUCCAUUGAUUCAGUCUUUCUUCGUACCCUUUUCACCAAAACGACAGAUAAAGAAUACAGAUGGCGUCAAUAAAGUACAAUGAUGAAGAACUAAACUACUUUCGGGUCUGUAAAGUCACCACACACAUCAUACCUGAUGGACUACGAAAAGUGUUCAAACAAGAGUGGAACACUCGUUACCAGGCUACGCACGGCCAGUGGCAAGAUACGUCUAAGAAUGGCAUGGAUUUCUAUGGGAUGGAGUCUCCAAAGAAUAAAAAAAUUAAACCAAGAGAACUUUCUAUCAUGAAAAAUGGAAAUACAAAUGAAUGGGAUUGCACUUGCCUGUUCUAUGGCAUUCUUUACUCGAAUAGCAUUAAACCAACUUUAAAUGUUAAGAAAAGUGUUGACGAGUUGAGGAAGUUUCGCAACGAAGUCUUCGCUCACACAAAGGAUGGAAAACUCAAGGAAGCCGAUUUCAAGACGUCCAUCGACAAAGUCAUCACUUCAUUUACAGACCUGAAACUCGAUACAACUGAAAUCGAAGAAAUCAAGAACGAGACAAGUUUUCCAACAGAGGAACUGGAAGACAUUAAGAAACAGUUGGAAAAGAAAAAGAAGCGUAAUGAGGAACCACGACCCUUUUGUGUUUUGCCAGCCAAACCAUCCCACGAAACUGUUAGUCGACUAAAUGAAGUAGACCAAAUCAAUGAAGAAAUGGAGCGUCUAAGGAACGCGAAGAACAACGAGGUAACUGUAGUGUAUCUGUCAGGAAACCCAGGCUGUGGGAAAAGUGAAGUGGCCAGGCAAAUUGGAGAACGAUUCUUCGAUGAAAAGAGCACAGAAAUGAAUUUUGUGAUGACGGUGAAUGCAUCCACCAUUGAUACGCUUUUGCAGUCGUAUGUGGAAUUUGCAGAUAGAGUUAAAUGCGAUAAAGAUUUC